AUGGCGAGCAUCAAAACCCGCAUCCUCGUCAUCUCAGACACCCACGCGGCGAGGCCUCACGCGGCGCCGGCCCCCGACGAAUUCGACGCCGCCGACCUCGUCCGCGUCGUCACCGGCUACAGAGAUCCCCUCCCGCCCGCCGACCUCGUCCUGCACUGCGGCGACCUCACGCGCCGCAGCUCCGUCCCCGAGUACGAGACCACCUUCUCCGUGCUCCGGUCCCUCGACGCGCCUCUGAAGCUCGUCAUCGCCGGGAACCACGACCUCUCGCUAGACCCCGCGUGCGACUCCCCCGAAUCGCGCGCGGUCCGGGCCGUCGCGCGAGACGCCCAGCGCGACGGCGUCGAGUAUCUGACGGAGGGCACGUACGACUUCGCCCUGGAAAACGGCGCCUCGGUCAGCGUGUACGCGAGCCAGUACACGCCCGCGUAUGGCGGCUGGGCAUUCCAGUACCCCGGCCGGCAUGAGUUCGCGAUUCCGCCCGGAGUAGACGUGGCCAUGACCCACGGUCCGCCGUACGGCGUGUUGGACGAGGCUGGCCUGUCCGGGGCGCUGGGGCAUCCGCCGCACCACGCGGGAUGUGGCCAUCUCUUCGAGGCGGUUGCGCGUGCGAGACCGCGGAUUCAUUGCUUUGGCCAUAUACACGAGGGAUGGGGCGCGUAUCGGGGUACGUGGCUUCACAGAGACGCGCCGGGGUCUGCGGCAUCUCGGCCGACCGAGGAAUGUGUCAUGGACGGCGCUGCGUCCGGUCCGAUUCAGACGUUGGACGGGCUGCGACCAAUGUGCGCGGCCGACAACAGGGGGAGGUCUGCGGAAGCAAGGCAGAGGCUGGCACACCUCAGCAAUCAGCGCGGAUGCUAUAUUGAUUGGACGUAUGAGAAGGCACAUGUUGAUCCAGGGAGGCAGACCCUGUUUCUCAACGCAUCAGUCAUGGACAUCAGAUAUCGGCCCUCACAGUUGCCGUGGAUAGUUGACCUGGACUUGCCCAGUGCCGAGAACAAACAUCGACGACAUCGGACCAGCGAGCACGCUACACUUGAGACGAUGCAGAAUUUACAGAACACCAAGAGUCAUCAUGUGUAG